AUGGAAACCCCCCACCAAUUGACUAGUACGCGUGUCAAGGUGAAGGGGGAGUGGGGGGCGGCGAAGGAGACGGGGAAGAAGAUUAAGGAGACUGUGGUGGGGAGUACUUCAUCUGAUUCUGAUGAUGAGGUGGAGGUGGUGCACGAGAAGGUUGUGGAAGUUUUGGAUGAGAAGGGGAAUGUUGUGGAUGUUAGGAGGCGAAUUAGCAAGCCUGAAGAUGAUGAUGUGAAGAAAUGUUGA